AGGUUUAGAAGUGUUAGUUUCAUUCUGACCAGAGAAGAACAACAGACUUUUCUUCUGGGACAAUUUUCAGUUUAGAGUAAUGAUUAUCUUGGAGACAUUUAACAACAAAGUCAACACAUUUUUAUAAGUUUUCCUUUUUCUGUUGACAACUGGGUGAGUUGAAUUUUAACUGGAUUUACUCAUCAUGAUGAAGCUGAUCCUGUCUCUCACUCUCAUCUGGACACUCUCCAGCACAGCUGAAGCUCUUGAGUGUUAUGUUGGUGAUGGGGUUGACAUAAAGCCAAAGUACAUACGUCAGUGUGACCCUACUGAGAUGUGUGCAACUUUUGCCGUACAAGUAAAUAGGAAUGGGGAAGUCGCAAAGAACACCGUCAGGAUGUGUUUGAAUUCCUCCAUUUUCAGUGAAGGAAAGCACACAUUUUCAUUCAAUGUUGGUUUUGAAAAUGAGUCUGCAUCUGUUCAUGUGUGCAACACAGAUCGCUGCAACAGUCAAGUCAUUCCUUACUCUCUUAAUCUGACAAAAAACAAUCUACAGUGUUUCGGCUGUGAUUAUCCAUAUUCUGCUGUGUGUAACAAGGCAGUACAGUGUCUGGGAGAGCAGGACCACUGCAUUAAUGCGACAAGGGUAGAUACAGAGGGCAAAACACCUCAUACCUUUGGAUGUGUCUCUGCAAACCUCUGUGAAAUUGCUCCUUUCUUGAAGGUCACGUCUGCUCCGAUUAAGGGUUCUAAAAUCCUUCAUGCACCAAAAUGUUGUGGAAGCAGCUUCUGUAACUCAGCCUGGUCUGUCAAACUGAAUGUGAUCCCUUUGCUGUUUGGACUCAUUACUGUUAUCAACUAUUAGAAUGAUGUGUGUGAAUAAGCCAAAUACGUCUAUCAUCUUUUCAUUCAUUUACAUAGUGAGAUGUCUUUAACAUUUUGAAUGUUUUAGCUUGAUACAUAAUUAUUUUAACCAUAACUGCAAGAUCCCAGUAAAAAAAAGUUAUCUAAUGUUAAUCCUGUCUAGUUUGUGGACAGUAACAAAUACAUCUAUUUACAAAAUGUUAACUUCCUUACUAGAGUUAUUUGAAGUAACCCAAAACAGUAGUGUCAUGACUUAUCUACUACUAGGUAAGUAACAAGUAUAUUUAGAGGUAAAUGUACCCAUCAAAAUAAGUCCAGUUCAGCUCAUCAUAUCCACCUAAAUGAUGAGAAGUAAGCAUUUACUGAAAAGAGUGGCGCUAUUGAAUUUCCUGUAAUGCUGUAAUUCUGAUUUUCUUGAUUAAAGUUAAA